GGCCGCCGGGCUUCCGUUUCCGGGAGGCGCCGCGGCCUCUGAAGGUGAGCGACCGUCAUGGCGUUCUCGGCGCCGGGGGCCUACUUGACGCACCAGCAGAAGGUGCUGCGGCUGUACAAGCGGGCGCUGCGCCACCUGGAGUCCUUCUGCGUCCACAGGGACAAGUACCGGUACUUCGCUUGUUUGAUGAGAGCUCGGUUCGAGGAACAUAAGGAUGAAAAGAAUAUGGUGAGGGCCACCCAGCUGCUGAGGGAGGCGGAGGAAGAAUUCUGGCACAAUCAGCACCCUCAGCCGUACAUCUUCCCCGACUCUCCCGGGGGCACCUCCUAUGAGAGAUACGAGUGUUACAAGGUUCCUGAGUGGUGCUUAGAUGACUGGCAUCCUUCUGAGAAGGCAAUGUAUCCUGAUUACUUUGCCAAGAGAGAGCAAUGGAAGAAACUGCGAAGGGAAAGCUGGGAGCAAGAGGUGAAGCAGCUGCAGGCGGAAACCCCAGCUGGUGGUCCCUUCACCGAAGCUCUGCCCCCUGCCCGGAAGGAAGGGGACCUGCCCCCACUGUGGUGGCACAUUGUGACCAGGCCCCGGGAGCGGCCCGCAUAGACAGAGGAAGACACACCACCGGCCUGCUUGCAAGUGGAAUAAGUUGCAGAAAAUAUACACACUUGCCCUAAUAAAAGUAACAAGGUAUGA